AUGAUGAUAGAUCCGGAGAAUGUCAGCGUUACCGAUGGUAUUAUACAUCAAAAUGUGCAGUUUUUCAGUCCGGCAUCGUAUAACCUGCCGCAUUUUAAAUACAAACACCUGCCGGCAUCGGAGGUUAGAAAUGCGUGGAAUCAAUGGAUCAGAUGGUUCGAAAGUGUUAUGGAUGCAGCAAAUGUACUGGAUGGAGCAAGCCGAAAAGUCCAGCUUUUGGCCAUGGGUGGACUAGAGCUGCAGUCCGCUUAUUUUGGAUUACCCGGGGCUGAAGAUGAGCCAACAGACGUCGAUGUUGAUCCCUACAAAGCAGUUAAGGUAAAGCUUCAACAACACUUUUCACCCAAGCACCAUGAUAGCUUUGAGCGCUUUCUGUUUUGGUCCAUGGGUCCAGAAGAGAGUGAGUCCAUUGAGAAGUUUGCUUCGAGAGUGCAACAGAAGGCAGAGAAAAUUUCUUUCGGUAAAACCGAAAUGGAAAGUCGACACAUAGCCAUAAUUGAUAAAAUCAUACAAUACACCGCUGACGAUCUGCGGCAAAAAUUGUUGGAGAAGGAGAACCUCACUUUGGACGAUACAAUCAAGGUUGUGAACGCGGUGAAGAAAUCGCCCCUUAAUCAUUUGAGCACUAGCCAUUCCGGAGUAGGACGAAAUCCCAGAUGUCAACGUUGCGGUUUCAACCAACAUCGUCAAGGGGAGCGGUGUCCAGCGGUGAACAAGACCUGCCUUCGCUGUGGGCGAGUAGGACAUUUUCGCACAGUUUGUCAUUCCACCCUUGCAUCUGAUGCGGGUUCCCAUGAGCGUAAACGGAAGCCAGAUUUUCCGAAACAUGGCAUUCCUCAUCAACCUAAACGCUCAAAACGUGUCUACAAUGUAACGGAAGAUGUUGAGGUUGAAAAUUUACCUGUGUACAAUGUGGGAGACGAUGAUGAUGAGCUUAUAAAAUGCAAUGUGGGGGGAGUGGGAAUCUUUAUGCUAAUCGAUUCCGGCUCCAAAUAUAAUCUGAUUGACGACACAACUUGGGAGCUAAUGAAAAUGAGGGAUGUUAAGAUAACCAACGAGAGGAACGAUACCGACAAGCGUUUCUUAGCUUAUGGAAGGAUUCCGUUGAAGGUCUUGAUGGCGUUUGACGCAGAACUUCAAAUUGACGAUGACAACAGCUUGAAAACAACAACAUCUUUCUACGUGAUCGAAAAAGGGCAGCAACCGUUGUUAGGAAAAGUUACUGCUCAAAAGCUGGGCGUAUUGCGGAUUGGUCUUCCCACUAAGACGGCAUCAGUUCAUCUUGUUGAUCGACCGGAUAAAGCUUUUCCAAAAAUGAAAGGUAUCAAGUUGAGCAUUCCAGUAGACCAAAACGUCCCUCCGGUUAUCCAACCUCUGCGCCGUUGUCCUAUUCCUCUGUUGGAAAAAGUCAAGUCUAAGAUAGACGAGCUAUUGGAAAUGGACAUAAUUGAAAAGGUAACUAAACCUGCUUCUUGGGUUUCGCCACUCGUCCCAAUCCUAAAAGAAAACGGAGAUUUGCGACUAUGCAUAGACAUGCGGCGAGCCAACCAGGCUAUACAGAGAUUGAACCAUCCGUUGCCAGUGUUCGACGACCUGAUUGCUAAAUUUCGGCACGCGAAAUUUUUCACACUACUGGAUAUAAAACAAGCCUUCCAUCAGGUCGAGAUCACAGAAAGCAGUCGUGACAUCACAACUUUCAUCACCAAUUGGGGGCUCUAUCGGUACAAAAGACUAUUAUUCGGCGUCAACUGCGCACCAGAACUCUUCCAAAACCUGAUGGAGAGCAUUCUAGCCGAGUGUCCAAAUAUUGUCGUGUUCAUAGAUGACAUACUCAUUUUUGGCAACACCGAAGCUGAACACGAUGCUGCUGUGAGAAAGGCCUUGACUGUGCUCAACCGGUACGGCAUCAUGCUGAACGAUCAUAAAUGCAAAUUCAAACAGCGAGAAGUCGAUUUUCUGGGUCACCGACUAUCGGAAAAAGGAAUAUCAGCUAGCGCAGACAAAGUGAAAUCGAUUGUGGCUUGCAGAGCACCAGGAACCAGGGAAGAACUGCGAAGUUUUCUAGGGCUCAUCACCUACAUUUCAAGGUAUGCUUUCUUUGUAAUUUAUGUUAUAUCUUAUGUUGCAAUAUCGAACCUUAAAUUUGAUUUUGAAUUGGUUAUUAUAUAA